AUGUCGUACCAGUACCCCCCGCCUCUAGCUUCUUCUGGUUCUGAGAUGGACGUGUCCCAUCCCGGCUACGCGCCAAACUACGGCGCGCCGGCUCCCGUUCCAUCACAGAUGAACCCUGGAACCCAAGAGCAGACUCUCAAGGAACGUAAAGAAUCCUUCUCACAGGCGAGUCUAAAGUUGAAACGGUCGAUGUCCACGCCUAAUGUUAGACCACGGCAGGCCAACGCGUCCGAUCCAAUCCAGUCUAGCCUGGCUGGCGACAAGAAAAGAAACAAGCUUGGCUACCACCGAACGUCGGUAGCUUGUGCAUCGCCUGCGAUUGGCGAGAGUCGAUGCAUCAACUGUAUCAGGCUGAAGAAAGAGUGCAGCUUCUUCCCCGUAGACCAGCCGCCGCUGCCACAGGCGACCGAUCCACGCCCUAAAGCGCCAUCACGGGCUUCCUCUGGGCCCAAGGUCGUUUCAGCUUCGUCGUCUCCUGCCGUAGCCGCUGGGCAGGCUCUUGACGUGUCCCAACGCCAGCAGUACCGUCCUGGCGCAUCACAUCCAGCUCCAGGUAUGGCACCGCCUCCAAUGCAACCAUCUACCAUUGAAAACCUUGGCCCCGAGGCCACAAGUGCGGCCUCGACCUCCCGCGCCUUUGGCUUUCCGAACCAGUCAGUAGCUUGGAUGUCGCCAGAAGUUAGUCCCAACUCUGCAACGCAGGCAAACGACCACAGCGAAACGUGGAAGUCUUACACUGAGCAGUCUCCGAUCACACCGGCCUUUUCGCAAUAUACUUCCCAGGCUCCUACAUCUGUCAGCUGGAGCAACGCGAAUUCCAACGCACCCGGCGACAUGGGGUACUCGUCUUUCGCCACAGGGAGCGCCAUGACGUACCCGAGGAACACACCGCUACCUCCACAGUACCCUAUGAUGCCGCAGCAGAGCCGACAGUUCGGGAGAAAGUCGUCGGCCAUCUCAGAGGACAUGUAUCCAACGCAGAUAGCCACACAGUUCCCGAGUAUCGACCCGCACAGCGCUUCGCUUUCUGCAGGGGCGAUUCCGCCUGCAGGUUAUGGCUCUUGGGUACAACAGCCGCACUAUAGCUACUCCAGACCGCAAGAAGGCUACCAGGGCUGGACUUACGAAGAGAACCAAGGAAAUUAG